AUGUCGGUCACCACUAGUGAAUUCAUCUUCUUUAAAAUUAAGCCUUCUGUUCGUCCCGAAGAGCUCGGCAACAAGGAAGGCGAGGAGCUCCAGCAAGUAUUCGAUGAUACAAAACACCAAAGUGGGCAUGAAAGCUCCGCGUGGGGCCGGUCAGCUGAAGACGAGAAUAUGAUAACUUGGGUACUUGAGUGGACCGACGCCCGUAGUUCCGCAAACACAGAUCACCUGAAGCGUUAUCUCGAUCUAGAUGCCCAGCCACCGAUGGCAGUCUAUUCGACUUUAUGUCCUCCGCUCGCCAGUUCAAACACAUUGACCAGCAACCCGGUGACAGAGAUCUGUGUGUUAUCCUUUGCCAGUUCGCUUUCGGGACGUGAAACCAAACAGCUUCAUAAUGAUCUGAUUAAUUUCCGGACUUCAUUAUUGGAGCUGUCGGAAGCGGCGAGACCAAAGUCCUGGUCUAUGGGGCAGGUGGAUCGGCCGAGUACCGUAGAGCAUGCGAAGAGUCCGAGUGGGAAAGCAGUGUUGCACAUUUUGACGGUGGGGUGGGAAUCUGUUGAGGCGCAUAAGAAGUCUAGAGAGACGGAUGAAUUUGUCUCUGCUAUUGCGCCAAUUCGAGAGAAGUCGUUGGGGGCGUUGCCAGGACUGGACAUGAAGCAUGUUAGCUUUCGGAAGCUUUGA